AUGGAGGUGACUGCGGACCAGCCGCGCUGGGUGAGCCACCACCACCCCGCGGUCCUCAACGGGCAGCAUCCGGACGCGCACCACCCCGGCCUCGGCCACUCCUACAUGGACCCGGCGCAGUACCCCCUGCCCGAGGAGGUGGAUGUACUUUUUAACAUCGACGGUCAAGGCAACCACGUCCCGUCUUACUACGGCAACUCGGUCCGGGCCACGGUGCAGAGGUACCCUCCGACCCACCACGGGAGCCAGGUGUGCCGCCCGCCUCUUCUGCAUGGAUCCCUGCCCUGGCUGGACGGCGGCAAAGCCUUGGGCAGCCACCACACUGCUUCGCCCUGGAACCUCAGUCCCUUCUCCAAGACGUCCAUUCACCACGGCUCCCCGGGGCCACUCUCCGUGUACCCUCCAGCCUCAUCUUCGUCUCUGGCGGCAGGCCACUCCAGCCCGCACCUCUUCACCUUCCCGCCCACCCCGCCGAAGGAUGUCUCCCCGGACCCGUCGCUGUCCACCCCGGGCUCAGCCGGCUCGGCCCGCCAGGAUGAGAAAGAGUGCCUCAAGUACCAGGUGCCGCUGCCCGACAGCAUGAAGCUGGAAGCAUCGCACUCGCGCGGCAGCAUGACCACCCUGGGCGGCGCCUCCUCGUCUGCCCACCAUCCCAUCACCACCUACCCGCCCUACGUGCCCGAGUACAGCUCCGGACUCUUCCCGCCCAGCAGCCUGCUGGGGGGCUCCCCUACGGGAUUCGGAUGUAAGUCGAGGCCCAAAGCAAGAUCCAGCACAGAAGGCAGGGAGUGUGUGAACUGUGGGGCAACCUCAACCCCAUUAUGGCGGCGAGAUGGUACUGGUCACUACCUUUGCAAUGCCUGCGGGCUCUACCACAAAAUGAAUGGACAGAACCGGCCGCUCAUCAAGCCUAAGCGAAGACUGUCAGCAGCAAGGAGGGCUGGAACGUCCUGUGCAAACUGUCAGACCACCACUACCACCCUCUGGAGGAGGAACGCCAACGGGGACCCCGUCUGCAAUGCCUGUGGGCUCUACUACAAGCUGCACAAUAUUAACAGACCCCUGACUAUGAAGAAAGAAGGCAUCCAGACCAGAAACCGGAAGAUGUCUAGCAAAUCCAAAAAGUGCAAAAAGGUGCACGACACGCUGGAGGACUUCCCCAAGAGCAGCUCGUUCAACCCGGCCGCCCUCUCCAGACACAUGUCCUCCCUGAGCCACAUCUCCCCCUUCAGCCACUCCAGCCACAUGCUGACCACGCCCACGCCCAUGCACCCACCGUCCGGCCUCUCCUUCGGACCUCAUCAUCCUUCCAGUAUGGUCACCGCCAUGGGCUAGAGCCCUGCUCAAGGUGCACAGGUCUCCGAGCGAGUGAGCAAGCGAGAGUCCCUCCAACCCCUUCUACUUGCGUUUUUGCAGGAGCAGUAUCAUGAAGCCUAAAAGAGAUGGAUAUAUGUUUUUGAAGGCAGAAAGCAAAAUGAUGAUUGCCACUUUUGCAAAGGAGCUCACUGGGGUGUCUGUGUUCCAACUGCUGAAUCUGGAUCCCAUUUGUGAAUAAGCCAUUCAGACUCAUAUUCCCUAUUUAACAGGGUUUCUAGUGCUGUGAAAAAAAUUGCUGAACAUUGCUUAUAACUUAUAUUGUAAGAAACACUGUACAUUUGAGGAAGACUUUAUUGCACCUGAGUAGCUGUAAGAAAGGCAUGAAGGACGCCAAGAAUUUUAAGGAAUAUAGGGGAAAUAAAGUAUGGAAAUUCAGAAGAAAAUAGAUCUGACAUCCAGGUGGACAAACUGCCAGUUUUGUUUCCUUUCACUGGCCACAGUUGUUUGAUGCAUUAAAAGAAAAAGUAUAUAUAGAGAGAAAAACAAAAAAAGAAAAAAGAAAAAAAAGAAAAAAGAAAAAAAAAAAAAAAAAAGAAAAAAAUCGUAGCAAAUCAUUCAUUCAAAGCUGUGGACCUCUGCAAAGGAAAUACCAGUCCGGGCAAUCCGUGUUAAAGCUCACAGAUUGCUGCAGAGGGUUUUGAGGUGUCACUUCUAGGCCUACGUGCUUUGUGAACCAGUCUCUGUAAUUGUUGUUUGUAUGUAUAAUUCAAAGCACCAAAAUAAGAAAAGAUGUAGAUUUAUUUCAUCAUAUUAUACAGACUGAAUUAUUGUACAAAUUUAUUUACUGCUAGUGUUAAGAAUUGCUUUUUUUUUCUUCUGAUUUUAAUGUUUUCCUUCUCUCAAUUUUCAGUUGAAUAAACUAGAUUACAUUCAGUUGACCUAAGGUGGUUGUGCUCUGGAGGGUUUAUUUUUCCCUUUUGCUUUGGAUGAUAUUUAUUAAAUAGCUUCUAUGGCCCAGCAGUAUCUGCCCUCUCCCUCGUUCCUCCUGCAGCCUGAGCUAUAAGGGUAGCAGCGUGUGAGCUACCAAUGUGUGCAUAUGUGACCCUGGCCGAUGGGUUGUGUCCCCGAGCAGCCCGGCUCACUGUUAGCCCCUGCCGUGUUCCGUGUUAGUGGUCACUGCCUUUACACAGUCUGUUGGAAUAAUACAGAAAUAAUAAAGUUAAACUAUUUUAAAACAGCAAAAUAACAUCAUAUCAAAGCAAUGGCCAAGCUCUUACAGAAUCUGGUAGCUCCAGCUAAUUUAAGAGAUAGGAAUUUUUCUAAAAAAACAAACAAACCCAAAAACAAGAAACAGCACAAUCAAACAGACAUGUUAAGUUAUUCACUAGGAGCCAGUGCUUAUCUCAGACAGGUAACAUCUAUUCCUCUGGGAAGAGAAACCCCAAGUAGCCCAGAGGAAAUUAUUCUAGGGCGGAGCAACUUCUGGGGUCUCCCUGUGAGCUACAGUUUCUCUGCUGGUUCUCCACUCUUCUCCAAGAAGGGAGAAUUUCCUGGCUGGGAGAGUCACAGGCAGAAACUGCAGCCGGUGGAUUGCUCUUUGGAUUGUAGAGGAGCUGGGCUGCCCUUGAUUUCUGUUCUGCUUUUCCACUGUGGAACAACACCACAGUGAAAGGUUUAUUGGAAUGUUUGCGAAACAUGAAAUAACCAUUUUGUAACUUAUACUGUAUAGUUUCCUUUUACUCUGUUGACAGAAUGUGUAACUAUGGCACACAUUUAAAAAUCUCUGUUAAUCGCCUCUCUGCUUUCUUAGUAAAUAUUUUAAACCUAAAGCUAAAUGUUGAAAUAAAGGAGUAGAGAAUUACUGAGAUGCAAA